AUGCCGGCCGAGUGCCUCCCCAAGGCGGAGGGCGCGUGCGUGUGUGUGUCCCCACCCUUUGCUACUGCUGCUCUCGGUGAGGAACCUGGACGAAUGGAGAAGCCAGAGACCCCCGCAGCCUGGCUGAGCUUCCGCUGUGCCAAAGGGCAAGGGGACAGCACCCUCCCUACUGGUCACACCCAUCAGGCACCCCUCAACUUCCCAGCCAGGGAUUCCCUGGCCCGCUCUGGGUGGAGAAAUCGAGGCCCGGGAAGGGGGUCUCCUGCAGAGGCGAGUGGCUUUGCGCCCAGCCUUGGUUGCUGGACUGUGGACAGCCCCUGGGUCUUCAGGGGACACACAGCGACUCUGCCAGCAGUGAGGCAGGAGCGGGGCGUGGGUGCACCCCUCACCGAAACAGCACCCGUUUUCCCAAGGAGGCGGCAGAGGCGGGGAGGUUGGGUCACUCGCCUGGAGGGUCUAAGGGAGAGCGCGGCCUCGUCCUUCGGGCUGCCCUUCUCCCCGCCAGCGCCCCCAUUCCCGGCGGCGCCCGGGCCCUGGCUGCGCCGACCCCUUUUCAGCCUGGAGCUGUCCGACGCGGAGGACGCCUUCCCGCGCCGCGCGGGGCCGCUCGAGAUCCCGGCCGACAGCCGCGUGUUCGUGCAGGCUGCCCUGGCCCGUCCCUCUCCGCGCUGGGACCUCGUCCUGCACCGCUGCUCAGUGACACCGUCCUCCCGGCCGGCCCCGGGGCCCGCCCUGGCGCUGCUGCGCGGGGGCUGCCCCGCCGACUCCUCGGUCGUCUUCCCGCCGCCGCCGCCGCCGCCGCCGCCGCCGCUCCCGGGUGCUGCCCGUCCCGCGCGCUUCAGUUUCAGCUUCCGCCUGCGCCCGGUCUUCAACGCCUCGGUGCAGUUCCUGCACUGCCAGCUGAGUCGCUGCCGCCGCCUCCGGGGAGCCCGCCGGACGCCCGCGCCUCUGACGCUGCCCCCGCCCUCGCCGAUCUCUUGGGGGCCCUGGGGACAGGCCCCUGAACCCUGGGGCCUGACAUCCCCAUCCCUUGCCUCCUCCUGCCCACAGUGUCUGCCUCGGGAUGAGGCGUGCGCGGGCGCCGGCAGCGGCAGCGGCAGCGGCGAGAGCCCGGGUGCCGACAGCCCCCACCUGCACACGCUGACGCAGCCCAUCGUGGUCACGGUGCCGCGGCCACCCCCCAGGCCGUCCAAGGGCGUCCCCGGCCGAGCCGUGCGCCCCGAGCCGCCUGCGCCGGCCCCGGCGGCCCUGGAGCCCGCGCCAGUGGUGGCGCUGGUGGUGGCGGCCUUCGUGCUGGGCGCCGCGCUGGCCGCCGGCCUCGGCCUCGUCUGUGCGCGUUCAGCAGCCCCCAGGGGGCGCUCUUGGCCCGACCCAAUGAGCGGCAACCCCUACCGCUCUGGAGCCUGCCUCUCCUUUCCAGCACCCCCAGCCCCCGGCGUCCUCCCGAGAGACUCGGCCGGCGGCCCCCAGCCCAGGAGGCCCCAGGAGUGUUCUGAAGGCUUCACGCCUAUUAACUUCAGUCAUCCUCGCAACAACUUCCAGGGCUGGCACACCCCCGGCGGGGUCCUGAGACACACCAGCCACGCCUCGAACCAGGUCCGCCAGGACUGGAUCGGCCGAGGUCGACCUCUGACCCGAUGGGACCGCCAUCCCAGCGUCCUGCACCCUCCCGCCUCCGACCCGCUGCUCCGCACACCCUCCCACCUGGGCUCAAAAUAA